ACCUCUGACCAGUUGCGCCUCCCCUGUUAAUGGCGUAUAUUCAUGUAUGAAAGAUAAUCUGAAAGAGAAAGAGAGAUAAGCAAGAUGAGAGGUUUGAAAAAGGUAAUGAAGAAGGGUUUGGGAGAGAUGAGUUUCAACAUGGGCGGUGGAGUCAUUAACUGGUUCCCAGGUCACAUGGCCGCAGCCACCCGCGCUAUCCGUGAUCGUCUCAAGGUUUCUGAUCUCGUUAUCGAAGUCCGUGAUGCCAGGAUACCACUUUCGUCUGCAAAUGAAGAUCUUCAAUCUAUGUUAUCUGGAAAAAGACGCAUUAUUGCUCUCAAUAAGAAAGAUUUAGCUAACCCCAACAUAAUGCCUAAAUGGAUUCGUCACUUUGAAUCCUGUAAUCAAGAUUGCAUCACCAUUAAUGCACAUAGCACAAGUUCUGUUAAUAAGCUUGUGGAACUCGUGGAGUUGAAACUAAAAGAAGUAAUUUCACGAGAACCUACACUACUUGUCAUGGUGGUUGGUGUUCCCAAUGUUGGCAAAUCAGCUUUGAUCAACAAUGUCCAUAAGAUUGCAGCUACUCGCUUUCCUGCGCAGGAUAAGUUGAAACGAGCUACGGUUGGUCCACUCCCUGGUGUCACACAGGAUAUUGCAGGAUAUAAGAUUGCUCAUAAGCCUAGCAUAUAUGUUCUGGACACACCAGGAGUGCUUGUUCCAAGUAUCCCUGAUAUAGAGACUGGUUUAAAAUUAGCUCUAUCAGGGUCAGUAAAGGAUUCCGUGGUAGGGGAAGAGCGGAUUGCCCAGUACUUGCUAGCAUUAUUGAAUACCCGAGGCACCCCUCUUCACUGGAGGAAUAUGGGUAGAAGAUUACAGAAAAGUCCUAAAGAGGAAACUGCGAAACCCAAGUAUAAUGUAAAAGAUCUUCUGAAACCCCAGAGAAAGCCCUUGGAUCAAACAGAUGUCUACUAUGUUGAGGAUAUUGUAAUGAAAGUACAGAACACGCUGAACACUACUCUCUCGGAAUUUGACGGUGAUUUGGAUAAUGAAGCAGAUUUAGAGAUCCUCAUUGAGCGGCAGUUUGAAGAACUUCAGUCUUCACUGAAAAUAGGACCUCAGAGAACAGCAUCAGAAGCUCGCACUAUGGUAGCAAAGAAGCUCAUUACUCUCUUUAGGUCCGGUAAACUUGGCCCUUUUAUCUUAGAUGAUGUGCCCUGAAGCUUAGGUUUCUUCUAACAAACAUAGAUGAUAGCCAAUGUAUGUGAGCUUGUUGGGUUCUCGAGAUGGAUCAAAACUUUUGUAUGGGUUUCAAGAUUUGGUCUCAGUUUGAAUUUUGUAAAAGUUGCUUUGUUUAUUCAUAAUUUACAAAAUUGAGAUGUGAAUUUGCA